AAGAGCCAUGAUGACAGCAUUUAGGAUAUGAAAAGAGUGAAAUAGAUCUGAAACUAAUAUAUACAAAGAAUGUCUGAGGCUUCACUUUUAGCCUUUGCCAUAUAAAGCUACCAUAACAUGAUUUGUGAUGUGUAGGAUUGUAAGUGUUUUCUAUCCAUUGACUCUCCAUUGAGACUCCACUGAGACUCGGUCUGAGUCAUUCAUUUGACCACACAACUUAGUCAUUUUUAUUACUAUGAGUGAGUCAAAUGUAGGCCCAACUUUAAUAGAAACAAAACAUUUCUAAAUAAUGAUGACAUAAAAUCAUGUUGUUUUAUGUCAUACCCCUUUACCUCUUCACACGUUAUUGAGGGAUAACAGCAGAUCAGUAAUAAUCUGGGCAUUAUUUUGGUGCUUCAAUUAUUUGUAUGAAUGCAGUGAUGCCGAUGUAAGUCCAGGCGUGUUGUUUUGUGAGAUGCAAUCAUUAAUUCUUUAAUUCAUUCCGUGUGAUUAACAUGCCAAAUGAAUAUCCUGUUCAAAGGCAUACCUGACUGUGGAAAAAUAAGAGUGAUUUGUGCUCAUAUGUUUAGCAGCAUUUUUAUGAAAGAGUUCAAUGAGAAAAAGGAGCUAAGAGUAGCCAAAUUAAGUGAUAGUGAAGGAAAAUGACAUUUUUGAUGUCAUGUGGGAAAGCUGAGCAGUUCGUUAUGACUCGGGCAAAAAGCUUUUAUUACUCCACUCCCUACUGUGGUCAUUAAGUUAUGAUUGAACUGUCUCUGCCAGUUUCACAAUCAUGAGCUAAACAGCUUUUACAUAAAUUGUAGGCCCAUUUAAAUUGUUUCUGCGGUUGUGGAAUAGUAGAUUGCCAGGUCACUGUUGUUCUUCAUUGCUGAACUGGUGGUCCAAUGUGAGUACUUGACUGGGGAUCACUUUGUGCUUAGAGCAGCCCAGACUGGGUGGACUUGUGAGGACUGCAGACAUCUCCAGCUUAAUGGGAUCAUAUCCCCGUCCUUUGUUUUCUUUUUAGUCAUACCAUAUGAAAAGACAUCAUAUCUGGGCCCUAAUCGCAGUCUUUACCUGUUGAAGAUGACUGCAUAUCUGCAUCUAGUUGGCUAUAGAAAUCAGCACAAGGACACAAUAUACAGUAUAUCCCUUAUAUCACUACCUUGAGUGUCUCUGUCCACCAUUAUCUGCAUAUAGCUGCAUGUUGGCUGUAGAUGAAACCAUUUUCAGCAUUGCAUUUUGACACAUGGCCUCUCCACACCAAUGUUUGUCUGAUUGUGAUUGUCUGGCCGCAUAUUGUAGUGUUUCAGUGGCUGUGUUUAGAAAACGGCAUCCAGGUGUCCACAAUGGAAACAGAGAGAAGCACCUUGAUGGCUUGCCACUGCAAUGUCCCUAUCACAGUGUAUCACCACCAAGAACAGUUGCUAAUGAUCAUACAGACCUCCAAUGGUACUCUGUUACCCAGUCUAUUGAAUCUAUUGAAGGAUCCCCUCCUCAUAUAGCAUCAGUUUAUGAUAUGUAUUUAAUAAGGGUCGCUGGGAUAGGCUGCAUAUUAAAGUCAGGUUAAGUCACAUUUAUUUAUAAUGCACAUUUUUGUAUGCACAAAGUGCAAACCUAAACCGCUGCACAUGCAGACAUGCAGAAACAACAGAAAUCAUAAAUAUAAAAAUAAGUUAUUUGAUAAUUUAAAAAUAUUCAUAAUAUGAAGGGUUUAAAUACAUCUUAAGGUAUUUUGUUGUUUUUGGAAAACAGAUCUCAGUUUUAUUACCAUUUCAUUUUGCCAUACAGAAUACUGUGGCCAUGUUCAGGCUAAUGGCUUGAGAUCAAAUAGUAGCAUUGCCAUUUGGCAAGCCAGCGGGGAGCCAUUUGUUUUAAUCAGAGGUUCUCAGCUGUAAGGACUGAAGGACAGUGAUUCUAUUAUUAGAUCUGUUUUGGCUGAAGGAUACCCGGGACGUAACUGAUGCAGCUUUGCUCGGAGUAUUGCCUCCUAUUGUUGGAGUAGUUUUGUAUGAUGCCUGAGGAGAAUCAUUUACAACUAAAAAUAGCUGAUUUCAAAAACCAUUCAACGUGUCCCUCUCAAUGAUGCACACCUACACCAACAUUACCCUCCAUUCCAAACUCAGAGAGACAAUCAAACAAUACAUUAAUUAUUCAUGUGUAUGCAGACAUAGUGCCAUGUAUGUUUUGGUUUUUUUUUGUUAUUAUUCAUAUUCCUAUUACUAUUUUCAUAAUACCUGAGUUCUAACCCAUUUCACAAACACGUUUCCAUUUCAUGUUGCAUGUACAGGUCUUUGAAACUGAAUUUGAGAAAAUAAACAAUAAGUGUAUUAUUUGUAAAUCAAAGCAUCAUCAAAGGUGUGAAAGAGAUUUCCCACUGUUCACACAAUUCACAUCUCUCUUUCUGUGCAAAUGAAAAAUACCUUAAAAAAAGACAAGAAGCUGUCAAAACAAACAGGAAGUACUGAGAAUAUGUCCUUGAGUUGGUGCAAAUGAUUAUUUUCUUUGUUGAAUCAUCCAGUUCAGAUAACAUAUUCACAAUUCACACCAAACACACAUGAUUUCCAAGAGCUUGAGUCAAGGGCCCUCCUUUAGAACACAGAUGGCGUCUCGGAGUAACGCAUGACUCACACUCACGAUUCAGUCACCAUGUUGAAGAAGGGAAAGGGCACAUCUCUAUGACGCCCUAGCUGCAGAUUUGUUUGAACCAUUCUAACUGAUAAAUCAGUCAUCAGUGUCUGGUACCAUGGACAGACAGGGGGAGGGGGUUGACACCAAGCUGUCUGUGUCACCAACCCCACUUCCAACAUAGGCUGUAACUCCUGAAAAUAAUAACAAUUAUGUUGUUUGAUUUUUAACAACAUUUUUCUUAAUCAAAUCCUUGGUUUGUUGAUGAAUGAAAUUAGAAUGAACCAAAUUCCAUCAGAAUUCCACUGAACCACUUACUACUGUAUCAACAUCAGUAUGCGGUUGAGUGCAGUAGGCUAGCGAGUUACGUUACGUAAAUGUGACGAGUCGAACGCCUGUUGUGUUGGUUGCAAACUUCAGCCUUCCCAUUCACCCUCAAAAGUCAUUACAUCUUCAAGAGUCUGAAUAGAGAACAUAAUUUUGAUUAACAGGCACAUUAUGGUGACUAGCCAGUUGGAUUGGUAGUUAUUAUCUAUUUUCUAUAAUCUAUCAGAAACAUCAGCAGCCAAAGCAUUUUCUGGGUCUGAUGGUUCUAAUGAGACCGUAAAUGCUAGAAAGAGGUUAGCCUAGACACUUUUGGGCAUACAGUCUGCUAAUCCAGUCAUAUCUGUUCUACAGAUUGUAGUUGUAUAUAAUUGUCCACUUCAGAGGAUGUCUUUGUAAUACCACUGUCUAUUGAGUCUAUUUGAAUGAAGGAAAUAUUCCUUGAUGACAAGUGUAGCCGAGUAGCCUACUGUUAAUUUUCUACAGUAUCUACGCUUAUAUCUUUCUUUUGUGAUGUCUUCCUUCAAGUCAGUUUCUCCCCCACACGGUGAUGAUGUAAGGUUGUGCCCUCUGGAGUAAAUCUAAUACCCAUCUGUGAAUUUAUGUAGUCUGUAAGAUGCCCGUCAUGUCCUUAGGAAGGCUCUGGCCAUUUUGGACUGUGUUGACCAUCCCCUCUAUAGCGAGUUUGUGCUUCUACCCUCAGGUAGAAUAUAUGGAGUUCCCACCCACAGGACUAAACAUUAUCAACUCUCCUUUGUAUGUACUGCAAUUAACAUGCUGAAUUUGCACAAAUGAUGUCACUAUUGCACUUUAUGCUCCUGUUGCACACUGUACUUUUGGACUAUUGCUCAUCUUGGCCUCUCCGUGGAGUGAUCUUGCACUGUAUUUUAUUUUAUGUACUGGUCCAUGUCUAUCUGUGUUGUAAUUGUUGUCUUCAUUUUUAUUUAUUAGUUUGUAUUUUGUGUCCUUUGUUAUGUGUUCCUAACACCUGGCUACAACUAAGUUCCCCCUGUGGGAUAAUACAAUUGACUUGACUUGACUUGACUUGAUACCCGCCUUCACAUUGCAGUUGUUUAUUUUGGCUCUCCUGAUCUACAUCUUAGUUGUUGGAGACCUGUUCUCACCGUCUGACUCCAUUAUGAGUCCAUUUGUCUUCAAACUUCUGUGCUAUCCAUCUAACCUCUUGAACACCAUGUUGCCUCAGUGAGAGAAAAUGGGCACUAAUGCAGAAAUACUGCAUACCGACAUGACUCUGUGAUGAAGAUAUGAAUGACUCAGCCACUCUAGAGGGGGUCUACGCAAGAGCUCAACAGUGUGCUUUCAGAGUGGAGAAAUCCACAGAACCAAUUCAGCCAAAAGCCCUGCUGAAUUUCCCCAAAAUCUACAAACCUACACCAUCAGUCACCUCACCUGAAGUCUUAAACUGUGCUGACCUUGGACAAACAAAACAAACACCACCGAAGGAAACUGCCAAAGAGUCUGAUGCUUGUAACCAAGCAACGGAUGGGCCAGAAGAAGUCUUUGCCAUCCCCAGAGAGGUUACCGCUGCAGAAUUGACAAACGAAGCCUCCAGAUACAGAGUAACUAAUGCGGAUCAGUUACAGAGUCAGGGCAUUGGACAGACAGCGUGUGGAGCUAAGAGCGAUGAUUCCACGGAGGGCACGCCCUCUGGCUCCGAGCUGAGCAAUGGGAUGACCACGAGUACCUCCAUCCUCCAUCCCAAGCUGCACUUCUCUCUCACCUACAGUGUGCAACACAGAAAGCUGCAUGUCACAGUCAUAGAAGCGGAGCAUGUGGCGGUGGAGGCCGGCGUGGAGGGCUAUGUGGCCGGCCUGUUGAGCGUGGAGGGGCGGGAGAGGGAGCGGGAGCGGCAGGCUCAGACCUCCGUGCGCCGGCUCCUGGAUCAUGUUCAGUGGGGAGAAGAGCUGAUCUUCCCCCUGCCAGACGGCUACCAGGUGGAGGGAGAGGUGUCUCUGUCCCUCCACAGCUGUGACCGGUUCUCCCGCAACACCAACCUGGGGGCCAUGAGGUUUAAGCUGGCCGACGUGGGCAUGAUGUCAGAUGCAGACUGCUGGGUUGACCUUCAACCUCCAAAACAGGAGGUGGCCGCGUCUGCAGGUGAGAUGCUCUUGUCCAUCAGCUACCUGCCGGCCGCUAACAGGCUGGGUGUGGUGGUGAUGAAGGCCAGAGGCCUCCAGUCCGACAGGCUGAAGAACAACAUAGACCUUUCUGUGAAGCUGGCCCUGAAGCACCAGUCCACCAAGCUGAAGAAGAAGCAGACGCGACGAGUCAAGCACAAGAUCAACCCUGUCUGGAAUGAGAUGAUGAUGCUGGAGGUUCCCCGGGAGAUGCUGGCCAAGUCCAGCUUGGACUUGGAGGUGUUUAACCAGACUGGACAGGGACAGCUGGAGCCCCUUGGCCACUGCCAGCUGGGUCUUCAGGCCUCUGGCACCGGCCUUCAGCACUGGCAGCAGAUGUUUGACAACCCCCGCAAGCAGAUCGCUAUGUGGCAUCCUCUCUUUGUCUGAGACCUUCCUCAUGCUCUCCCAACUCAUCACCACUCACAGGCCUGAGCAGCUGCAUACUGUCCUCUUGGCUUGUGCUUGUGCCGUCCUUCACUUGGGUUCUCACAGGCACUCAUUUUGCACACUGUGAAGAAUGGACCCAAACAUGCACAGUUACCUGAUUCAGACAUGUCAAAUUUUUGUAACAUUUGCUUUGUGUUUCUAUUCCAUGUGCAAUUAUUUGAAGGGGUCUUAUCACAUAUUGGUUAGUGACUGGGACACGAAAGUGAAUCAUGGCUAGACAAUCCUGCUAUGAGUUUAGAGUGGCCUACUGAUAUCAGCCCUUAUGUAAGUGUUGUGUCAGUUAAUAUUCUCUACAAAUAUAUACUGUAUAUAAAUAUCAAAUAUAUAUUUAUAUUUUUAUCUUGCCAUUAUCAGCCAUGUUCAUCCUGUCACAUUUUUAUCAUACACAAAGUUGCCAGGAUUCAAAUUGUGAAUAUUUAAAGAUAAACACACCACUUUAAACAAGGAGUCUUUUAGACCCUAGAAGCUGGUCACAUACACUAUGGCUUAAUAAAGAGAUGGCUGAUAUCUCAUGCGUCUCCUGCCAUCCAUCCUAUUCAAGGUUAAGUGCUUGCUUGGGCAUCUGCCAGGCAAUCGCACAAAUGCUUUGCAAAAAAAACAAUCCAGGCCUAUUGGUAUGUAUUACUGCCCAAUACUAAAUCUUUCGGCCUAGUAUCACAUACAAUAUUUUUUUUAAAAAACCUGUGAUUUGAAGCUGAAUUUUACAGAACAAAUAAACAAGGUAACAGCACCUCUUACCUUUAGGUUUGUAUUAUUUAGCAAAUAUAAGAAAAUGGAUCAGUGUAUGGUAGCCUACUCUGUCAAGUCAAAACGAUGUUAUUGUGCGUAUGUAAUCUGGCCUAUAGGUGUCUAAACCCAAGAUUAGCUCCCUAAUCAGCAAGCUAAGCAGUAAGUUACCGGAAUGUUAAUAAAAGGUUCCUCUGGUGUCCAGUAUGAAAAAAAACGAUUAUAUUAAUCAAGCAUACGAAAAACAAAAGCAUAUGAAACAUGCUCACAGCGAUCAGCUGCUCUGAUCUUUUCAUGAUUUCCACCAGCACCUCGUUGAACUACAGUGACCCUAUAUGGAGAGACAAGUAUCUCUGCAUGUUACAGUAUAUCCAUACACUAUUUAGCCAGCUUCAGGGCAUAAAACCUGCUAUGUUUUUAAGUGCUUAUUGUCUGUUGAAAGCAGCAUUAUUGAUUGAGUUAUUGCUUGGUCUUUCAAGAGUGAUCUUGAGAUUGUCAUGUCUGUGUCCUAACCUACCAAACCUCAUACAGAUCAUUUAUCUUUCCUCAAUGUCAUUAUUUUUGUUCCCUGACUAUUGUUCAAUCAGCUGUAGUGUGAUGUAAAUUGUAAAGGAGACAUUACUCCGUCUUAUGUGUCUGGGUAUACAGAUCUGCAGAAGAGCUUGCUGGUUCAGCCCAAGCUGCUUAAACAAUCCUGUCACGCUUUCCAGUGUACUGUGCUUGAAGGCCAAAUUUAUUCUCCCUCUCUAAGGAGAUGUCAGACCUUAUGAACACAAGAGUUAUUCAGUCUUUAGUCGAAGGCUUUGGUGCCAGUACGUUUUCGGGAAAAGGUUGAAUAAUUUCUCACAGGCUUGAUUUACAUAAUGUACCGUAAUCGGUUUGACACUUCUGAAAUAUAGUAGCAAUAUGUGUAGAAGCAGUAGUGUUCUUCUGUUUCCUAAUAUCACAAAAAGUAGUUUAGGAGGUUAUAUGUACCACAGUUGAAUAAAAUAAACAUAUCAGCUGUCUGCA